AUUACGAUUCAAAUGCACCUACGUGAUAUAUUUUAUUUUGCUUAACUGCAGACAUAAGUGAUAGAAAAGAGGCGAAGAGACCUCUUACAGUUUAGGGUUUCACAACACUCGAUUGCGUAACCUCAGCGGACUUGUGAUCUGCACAGAAAUUUUCUCGCCAGUGGUUUCACUUUUCUCCGUGUCUCAGUCGCAAACGGUCGUUGCUUCAAUAGAUAUUGAGCUGAACAAAUCGACGUCUGAACGAUGACAGCUGAUGUUAAAUAUCCCAAGCGUUUCUUGGAUUUAACCAUAGACUCGCCAGUGGAGGACUCGAAACUCGCGUAUGACGAAAUGGCUCAGGUCUGGGAAAAGAUUAGCGAUAACACUGGUUACAAAGGGCAUAUUCUGUGCGUGGAGGCGUUCGAUCGAACCAUGGAAAAUAAAGAGGUUUAUCCAAACCCAGGGAAAGACAUAAGAAUCCUCGAUGCCGGAGCGGGUACGGGAGGAAUUGGUGAGAUGCUGAAAGCUCGAGGUUAUACCAAUGUUGACGCAUUGGACAUCUCGCAAGAAAUGCUGAAUAUUGCGGCAGCCAGGAACAUUUACAAGAAACUCAUCUGUGCUCCUCUGAAGGACACGCACAUGGAAGAGAUUGAAACCGCUGAAUAUGAUACUGUGCUGUGUGCAGGCACCAUCGUAUAUGGGCAAGUGAAACCUGGGGCAAUCGAACAGUGUGCAAGAUUUGUAAAACCUGGAGGUCUGUUUAUUUUCUCCAUCCGCGUGGAUUCCUUCGAUCCAGUGGGUUUGGGUUUCAGUGAAAAAUGCCAAGAGCUGGAGAAAAAUGGCAAAUGGAGUCUGGUGUUAAAAGAGAAACGCGAGUUGCAUGCUACGCCCAACGAGGAGCGACUUCGGUACUGCUACCUCAUCGCUUACAAGAUACUUAAAUGAAAUGCAAAAAUUAUCUGGAGAGAAGGAACUAACACCAUAUAUCACUUAGAUUAAUAUUCUAGUUUAUUGCAGGACAUCCAGACUACUACUGGCCUCCUGACUUAAGUCCUUUUGUGAUUUGUACCCUAUUUUCGACCUCUUGACCAGAAACUAAAAGGUAUUAAAAAGAGGAACUAAA